AUGCUGCGCUUCAUCCAGGAGGUGAACACCACCACGCGUUCCUGCUCCCUCUGGGACCUGGAGGAGGACACGGAGUACAUUGUGCAUGUGCAGUCCAUCAGCAUCCAAGGCCAGAGUCCAGCUAGCGAGCCGGUCCACUUCAAGACCCCCCGGGAAGCUGAGAAGCUGGCUUCCAAAAACAAAGAUGAGGUGACAAUGAAGGAGAUGGGAGAGAAAAACCAGCAGCUGCGAGCCGGAGAGAUUCUCAUCAUUGUGGUGGUCUUGUUCAUGUGGGCAGGGGUGAUUGCCCUGUUCUGCAGGCAAUACGACAUCAUCAAAGACAAUGAACCAAAUAACAACAAGGAGAAAGCCAAGAGCACCUCAGAAAACAGCACCCCCGAACACCAGAGUGGGGGCCUCUUGCGUAGCAAGGUACUUCAAUAAUUUAUAAUUCCUCUACAUUCAAAUGCACCAUCCUUGUACUUCGGACAAUACACAUUUUUAUCACCUGUGCU